AUGCGACUCGCUACGACCACUACUUUUUUUACGUUGGUCACCGUGGAUGACGAGAUCCUGCCCGGUUACAGCGCGUCGACUAUUCCCCGACUCGGAAUGGACGUCGGUGGUGGGCUACACGUCGGCGUCUAUGUAACGGCCGGACAGUCCGCCCAACCCAACAUCCACUUCGAGUUUUCCAUCCGACACAACAAUGACCUAUAUGUUUUCCUGAGCCUGCACGUUCCGGUGGCGGCCUUGCUCAGCGAUAUAACCAUGGGCCAAUGUCGGUCAGAUAAUAGGUUAACUCUUGCUCCCCUGAGAACCUCCACUCCUAAGGACUUAGACGUUUUAUCUCAAUACUCACGAGAUAAUAAGUACGCAGAGAAGCUUAAGGACGCUGGCCUUUCGGACCCGGUGGCUCCCCUCGAUAUGGUGACGCUCGACAGUCAAUUACUUCCGCAUGGAAGUAGACUUCUCCCACAUCUUCGAGGUCCCCAACGCGGCCUUCUUCAAGACUUUGGAGAUCGCCCUCCGGUUGCGCAGGAAAUCGUGACCGAGGUCAUGGCCCGCUUGCACUCUGCUCCGAAGUUUGCCCUGACCUGUUGGUUCUUCGUGGAAUCUUCCUUCGCGAAGCAUUGGCAAGGCAUGCUGCCCAGGAUUCGCAACCUGCCUCCACCGUUCGCACACUUCCUCACCAAUGUGCGUACCAACUAUACGGAUUUGACGUACAAUAACUUGGGCGCCGUUGAGGAGGAGUUUCGUCCAAAGAGGCCAGUGCCCGCAGCCACUGUCUUCCGCUCGGCCGAGCACAGAACCGUUACCCUGAUAGCUGGAGCCGCUGAGGAACAACAGAUGGUAGAUCAGAACGCCUUGGAACUGAUCGGCACCCUCAUGCAAACUAUAUUCGUCAACGAUAUUUUCUCCGCCUGGUCCCCGAUGCCUGAUGACCUAGACGUAUACGGUAUGAGAGCCGACGGUUUCCUUACCCAGUACUAG